GUAUCGUCGACGGACCAACCGACAACUAGACGACACUAAAACUUGGGCCGACCACCAAUCCCGAGGCUUGACAGUUGGGCCGACGUUGAAGGUCGGUGAGGACCGUCCGGGGGAUCUUCGUCAGACGCCCCUGAUUCGGAUGCACCCCGAAUGAAUAAACCCCAGCCGUUUGCAAUAUCAAACAGCUCCUACGUUCUGCUGAAUAUCUAAUUAUUCUGCUGCCAUUCGUCAUAGAAUUGUCAAUCCGUCGAGUCGACCAUUUCACACUCCUCGUCCUCCCGAGUUUGCUUUCAAACGAGUCGUAUUACGACGACGCGCCGACACGACGACACAACGACAGACGACAGACGACGACAACAUGAAGCCUGUUUAAAUCUUGAAAUCCUCGACAAACAACCCCCCUACACCCUCCCAUCAUGUUGUCGCGGCGCGCCCUGACUCUCCUCUCCUUCUGCCUCGUCAGCCUGCUCAUCCUCCUCCUGACGGCAGCUCGGGGUCGAAACGACUGGUCCCUCGACAGCUCGCGCUACAAGCAUCUGCUCCCGGGCUCUUUCACCCCCGGCAACGACAUCGUCAGCGUCCAUGUCCCUUCUUCCCAACCACGCGACCCAGCAUGCGCCCACAUCCCAGACACGACCAACAUCCUCCUCGUCAUGAAGACCGGCGCAACCGAAUCCUUCGACCGCCUACCCACCCAGCUCAUGACCGUCCUCCGCUGUCUCCCCCCCGACAACUUCCUCAUCUUCUCCGAUAUGAACCAGACCAUCGCCGGCCACCCGGUUCGCGACAGCCUCGACACCGUCCUCGACACCGUCCAGCGCGCGAACCGGGACUUCGACCUGUACCGCCGCCAGCAGGUCUGCCUCGUCGACCAGGCCGCCUGCAACAAGCACGUCGAGGCCGGCACCGCCACGGCGGGGUGGGAUCUCGACAAGUACAAGAACGUCCACAUCGCCGAGAAGGCGUAUCGCCUCCGGCCCGGGUACGACUGGUACGUCUUCGUCGACGCGGAUACCUACGUCCACUGGCCGAACCUUGUGCAGUGGCUGCGCCGCCUCGACCCGGCGAGGAAGCUGUACCUUGGCUCCGUCACCAUGCUGGAUAACUACGCCUUUGCGCAUGGCGGGUCGGGUUAUGUUGUUUCCCAGGCCGCCUUGAACGAGAUGGUGGCCCAGAACCCAGGCGUUGGGAACCGGUUUGAUAAGAAGGCCCGGCGUUCGUGUUGUGGUGACUACGUUUUUGCCCUUGCGCUGGAUAAUACCACCCAGACGAGGGUUACCCAGUCGUGGCCCACCAUCAACGGCGAAAAGCCCUUCACCUUCCCCUUCAAAAAGGACCACUGGUGCCAACCCAUCGUCACCAUGCACCACAUGAAUAGCGAAGAGGUUUCUUCCUUUUGGGAAUACGAAUUGCAGCGAUACGCGGACUACACCCUGUCCCUCUCCUCCUCCUCCUCCUCCUCCUCCUCCUCCUCCUCGGAACACGACCCCCCGCCCCUCCGCAUCAAAAACGUCUUCCACCACUUCGUCAAGCCGCGCCUCACCUCCCACCUCCAAGACUGGGACAACCUCUCCGACGACCGCUUCUACCUCGACCCAGACGCCCCGCCCGGCGCCCCGGGCCACGGCCGCACCUUCGAGGACUGGCAGAUCGCCCGCGCCAAGAAGGACUACCUCUCGGCCCAGGAGCGGUUCGCCCACGCCUCGUGGCAGAACUGCCGCGACGCCUGCGACGAGGAGCCCAAGUGCUUCCAGUACCGCUGGCAGGACGGGCUGUGCGGCCUGUCGUGGAGUUUCAAGCUCGGGGCGCCCGCGCCCGUGGGGAAGGACGAGCUGACGACGUUCAGCAGCGGGUGGAAUCUGCGGAGGAUUCUGCGCUUUGUGGAUGAGAUGGGGGAUUGUGGUGAGAAGGUGCCGUGGCCUAAAGUUCAUUGAUGGGGGAGGAUGGGAUAUAUUAUAUUAUAUUAUAUUAUAUUAUAGUACCCCUGGUUUGGCGUUACACAGAUACCAGAGACCGGACGACCGACGACGACAUGAAGAUGCAUAUCUUGGCUCAUGGCGUUGGAGGUUCUCUUUUUUUGUCUUUUUUUUUUCUUUUCUUGAUUUAUCUGGACAUAUUUUAUUCUGCGUCGGUUCAUCGAAUAUAGACCCGACCCAUAUGGAAAAGCAAA